AGUGCGUAUUCGUUCCUCCUUGUGUUUCCUAGGUCACCCUGCUCCAACGUUCCCGCCCGCCCGCCGCCGCCGCCGCCAAUAUCGACAUCGCCGUCGUUCCCAGCGGUAUCAUGUCAGGCAAUCCCGGGUACGCGGCGGUCCCGAAGCGGCAGCGGAGGCGGCGCCCGAGGGACGCGGAGGACGGCUCCGCGUUCCCCAGGGUUGUCACGAGCCGGCCAAGAGGCGGCGACCAGGUCCGCGAGGUGGCCGUGGUGCCGGCGGAGGCCAUGGAUAUCGAUGCGGGGACAAGCACUAACGCAGCCACAGGAGGCGUGGAUGGAUCGUACCUCAGCGACACACGGUUCGAUCAAUGCGCUGUUUCUCCAUUGUCAUUGCAAGGAAUCAAAGAUGCUGGGUAUGAAAGGCUGACCCGCGUCCAGGAGGCAACUCUGCCAGUAAUUCUUGAAGGCAAGGAUGUUCUUGCAAAAGCAAAGACUGGAACAGGAAAAACCGUUGCAUUUUUGCUUCCAGCCAUUGAACUUCUGUCUACAUUACCCCGUUCUACAUCGAUAAAUUUGCUGGUGAUGCUCCCUACUAGGGAGCUAGCAUACCAAGUGGCCGUUGAGGCUAGGAAGCUUCUUAAGUAUCACAGCUCACUGGGCGUGCAGGUUGUAAUUGGUGGCACAAAAUUAUCUCAAGAGCAACGAAGCAUGCGAUCCACUCCAUGUCAGAUUCUUGUUGCUACACCUGGAAGGCUCAUCGAUCAUCUUGAAAACACACCUGGUUUUUCUGCCCGGAUUAAAGGUGUGAAGGUUCUUGUUCUUGAUGAAGCUGACCGCCUAUUGGAUAUGGGAUUCAGAAGAGAUAUUGAGAAAAUAAUUGCUUUCAUUCCUAAGGAACGGCAAACACUGCUAUUUUCUGCUACUGUUCCAGCAGAGGUCCGUGAAGUAUCUCAUUUAGCAAUGCAGAAGGAUUACAAGUUCAUCAACACUGUUCAAGAGGGUGAUGAGGAGACACAUGCACAGGUAAAUCAGAUGUACAUGGUUGCACCAUUAGACCUCCACUUCUCUAUAUUAUAUGGUGUCUUAAAGAAGCAUAUUGCGGAAGAUGCAGAAUACAAAGUUAUUAUAUUCUGUACUACAGCAAUGGUCACCAAGCUUGUUGCUGAAAUUCUCUCCCAGCUGAAACUGAAUAUAAGAGAGAUUCAUUCCAGGAAGUCACAAUCUGCCAGAACAAAGGUCUCAGAUGAAUUUAGGAAGUCAAAGGGCUUGAUAUUAGUCAGUUCUGAUGUUUCUGCCCGUGGUGUUGAUUAUCGUGAUGUCUCGCUUGUCAUACAGGUGAAAGGUGCCAUCAGGAGAGUGGAGAUAAAGACGAAAGAAUCGGCCUAUCAAGCAUGGUUAGGGUACUACAACUCAAACAAGACCAUCAGCAGAGACAAGUCAAGACUUGUUAAGCUUGCAGAGGAUUUCAGUCAGAGCAUGGGGCUUGAAAUUGUGCCAGCCAUACCGAAACUCAUUCUUCGGAAGAUGGGCCUUCAAAAUGUUCCUGGGCUGAGGUCUUCGUGAAUCUGAUGUUUGAAGGUGAAGCAGGAUUUGUUUGCUAGAGAAGGCACUAUGUGCAUUUGUGCAACCAUACUGCUCUCAGCCUCUUAAACAGUAAGUAAUUUGCCUGUGCUGUACCCUGGUGCUGCACUCUUUUUCAACCGAUUUUUCGAUUGACAAUAGGUAGGUUCCUGGUAUAACAUUGUUAUCCGGUGUGGUAUUUUUGAACCUUAACUAUAGCGCUGUUCCUGAGCUCCUUUAAGAAGGAAAGAGAGGUAUUUGGUUAUUUAGUGAAUGAAUGGCAAUACAUCAUACACUCACGUUGCUACAUUAUUCAUCAACUUGUAUCAUUUAUGCUA